AUGCAGCUGUUGCUUUAUGGGAUGAUCAAGCAGAGGCCUUUUCAGAUAGGGUGGUACAUGGAUAUGGCAACCAAGUAUCCUGUCAACUUCCUCUUUGUUGCCACAACAUCUCGGUUGUUUCAAGAUGUUUCUGAGGAGAGACUUGGGCCGCAGCUCAUUCAGAAGUUGAAAAAGGAAGGUGUUAAUCCCAAGCAGUGGAGACUUAGAAAUUUUCAGUGCAUGUUAUGCCCACAGGUGAGGAUGCACGCAAUCCGGACGGCGCACGAGAACAUUGACAUGACCAUCAAGGCUGCUGACAGCAUCCUCUCCCAAUUCGACCUUGCUCGUCGUAUCCAAGGUGGAGGAGCCCUGAUUCGCGUGUGCUCUUGUUUUGGCUUGAGGUCAGUGCGCCUGAUCGUGUACACGGACGAGGAUGCCAACUGCGCCUUAGACGGCAUGCCGGAGCUCCUCCCAGAUCAGGACCCUGCCGAGAUCCGCACCAGGUGA